GUUUUUUUAAAAAUUUAUAUGGAACCUAUGACAAGGAACAGACAGGUUCCCAAGGCAAAGCUUAUUACAGCUUUUAAUAGUUGAACAACAUAUAUCUCACCUGCCAUCAUUCGUGUUUCACGCCGAGAGAACUCAUCACGAUGAAGAAGACCAUGGUGCUCUACCCCGGCCUCGCCGUCAGCCACUUCCUCCCCAUGAUGCAGCUCGCCGACGAGCUCUUGGGUCGCGGCUACGCCGUCGCCGUCGCGCUCAUCGACCCGGCCGCGCACCAGCAGGUCGCCUUCACGGCCACCGUCGACCGCGUCGUCUCGUCCAAGAAGCACGCCAUCCGCUUCCACGUGCUCCCACGGCCACGCGUCGAGCGCCUCCGGCGGCCGCCGCCGGCCACCACCACCGACCGCGGCGACUUCUCCCUCCUCGGGUACCUGGACCUCGUGAAGCGGCACAACCGGUGCCUCCACGGCUUCCUCGCCUCCAUGCCUCUCCGGGACGUGCACGCCCUCGUCGUGGACUCGCUGUCCGUCGACGCGCUCGACGUUGCCCAGGGGCUCGGCGUCCCCGGCUACGUCUUCCACCCGGGGAAUGCAGGUGCCUUCGCCAUCUUCCUCCAGCUUUCGUUGAUCCGUCGAGAGGGUCGGCCGAGCUUCAGGGAGCUGGGUGACACCCCUCUCGAGCUCCCUGGCCUCCCUUCCAUGCCGGCGUCUCACCUCUGGGACGAGCUGCUCGAGGACCCGGAGAGCGAGGUGUACAGUGCAAUCAUGGCGUUGGGCCGCAAGAACAGUCAGUACUGCAGCGGCAUCCUGGUGAACACGUUCGAGUCGCUGGAGCCGCGGGUGGCGAGCGCGCUCAGAGGCUCGCGCGGUGGCGGCGGCGGCGGCCCGGCGUUGCCGCCGCCGUUCUACUGCGUCGGGCCGCUGGUCGAGAAGCCCGGCGAGAGGGACGACGAGAGGCGCCACGAGUGCCUCGCGUGGCUCGACGGCCAACCCGACCGCAGCGUCGUGUUCCUCUGCUUCGGCAGCACAGGCUCCGCCAACCACUCCGCGGAGCAGCUCAGGGAGAUCGCCGUCGGCCUGGAGAGGUCCGGCCACCGGUUCCUGUGGGUGGUGCGCGCCCCCGUCUCCACCGUCGUCGGCGGCGGCGACCCAUACGACCCCCGCGCCGAGCCGGACCUCGACGCGCUCCUCCCGGCGGGGUUCCUGCACCGAACCAGCGGCCGCAGCGCCGUCGUGAAGCUGUGGGCGCCGCAGGUGGAGGUGCUCCGCCACCGCGCCACCGCCGCGUUCGUGACGCACUGCGGCUGGAACUCGGUGCUGGAGGGCGUCGCCGCGGGCGUGCCCAUGCUGUGCUGGCCGCUCCACGCGGAGCAGAGGAUGAACAAGGCCCUCAUGGUGGCGGAGGCGGAGAUGGGCGUCGCCGUGGAGAUGGCCGGGUGGCAGUGGGGCCUCGUCGCUGCCGAGGAGGUGGAGCGCAGGGUGAGGCAGGUGAUGGAGUCCGAGGCCGGCGGCGAGCUCAGGGCGCGGGUCGCGGCGCAGAAGGCGGCCGCGGCGGCGGCCUGGGCCGACGGCGGUGGCUCGUCGCGCGCGGCGUUCUCGGCGUUCCUCUCCGACGUGGACAAGCGGCAGCUCGCUAGGUAGGAACGACGUGUCGUUGCUGGACAAAGCUAAAUUUUCUAUACCAACAAGGCAACAACCGUGUAUCAGCCCAGACCAGUCGUCCACUGCAGAUGGCAAUAGCUAAAUACUAUGACACAAUGUAUCCGGAUCAAGCGGUCUAUACGAGGGACGAGAUUCAGUGAUAUUGCAUCGUGAUAUUUUCAGUAACAUUAUGUCACUGACAUGUGGUUCCCACGUAGGUCCAGACAUAUAUAGAGUCCACAUGUCAGAAUAUCACUGAAAAUAUCACAGGACAAUAUCACUGAAUCCGGAUAUCUAUGUGAGUGGUCCUAGGGGAAAUAAAAAAUCCGUCCACACUAGAUGUUUACCGUGAUGUGUUAGAAGGACAGUGUAAAUAAUAUUUUUUUGUCUUAUGAUUUAUCCAUAGUGGUAUGGUUAGCUUUUGUUAUUUAUUUACU